AAUAUUUUUCUCAUUCACUCUUGCUUCCAUUAAAGCCAUACAAAUGAUCAAAUAAAACCAUUAUUACACUAUUAUUUUCUUUUAUUACUAAAAUAUUCUCUGAUUUGAUGAUAAAUCCCAAUCAUAAUAAAUACUAUACAUGCCCCUCCCUCUCCCUCAAUCUAAAAAAAGCUCAUGGAUAAUAUCAUUCAUCCAACACUACAUUGGGAAAUAUAUAUGAUAGAAUAUAUUCAAUGGUGCAUGCCAUAGGUGUUAUUGGGAGACAAAAUGGAGUCUCCCAUGAUAAUCCAUAUUGCCCAUCCAAGAAGAAAUCUAAAGAAGCAGCUCAUAGACAUGCCAAAGCUGAAGGCGAACGCAGACAGAGGAUUAAUUCUCACAUUUCUACUCUCAGGAAACUCUUCCCUCAUCUCCCUAAAAAGGAUAAACCGAGAGUACUGACGGAGGCUGUUAAACAGCUGAAGGAGCUGAGGAAGAUGGCGGCGGCGGCUGUGAUGGAAGAGACCGGUUUUCCGGAAUCAUCAUUAUUCUUGCCGGGAGAGAAUGAUGAGGUGGCGGUGGCUCCCUUCACCGGAGGCGAAGAGGGUGGAGAGCUGUUGUCGGCAAUGAAAGCGACGAUUUGUUGCGACGAUAGGCCAGGGUUGAUCCAGGACUUGUCUGAUGCGAUUCAUUCGGCCAACGGGAAGGUGGCCAUGGCGGAAAUGGCGACGCUCGGAGGGCGGACGAAGGUGGACGUGGUGGUCCGGUGGCACGACAGCGAGCUUGGCGGCGGCACCGGCGAUGGAGAGAAGAAUAUUGGAUCGUCGCUUAGGCGGGCCUUGAAGGCCGUGGUGGAAAAUCGGUCAUUGGGCUAUUCCAUGUUGUCGCGUCGUGGCCUACAGUUCAAUGCGCGAUUUGGUACAGAAAUGGGCCUGCGUAAUGACAGACCGACGGCCCAUUAUUACAAAAUUAAUUAAUUGAGUUGUUUGUCGGUUGUGUAAUUAAAUUCUAAUUUUAUGUUACCCAGUCUGUAAAACAAAUGAAAAAUUAAAGUUAUC